CUUGUUCCCAGUUCCACAAAGCAACGUUAAAUUGUGACAGUGAAGACGGGAUUGAAACAAGGCGACUUUGUGCCAUUGCUCGACAAACAUCAUACGAUUACACGACCUCUCUGGACAAACCUAUACCGACGACACAACUCUACUGAAGAGACAAGAGCGUCCUCAUUAAGCGCUCAAAAGUGCCGCCCUAGUAGUACCUCACGCACCUAGCUCGCCUCGGACAUCCGCCGACCCCAACAACGGCAGUUCGUCCCCGACCCGCAAACAGCGAGACACCAAGCUCCAUUGAACAACACAACGAACCCACCCAGCGAUAAGGGUGUCUCAACGGACGAUCGAUCACUCCACGCUCUCUUCUGUGCCGCUUUUCUUUGUUUCCAAACAUCAUCUUGUCCAGAAAGAACCGUCCUCAUCUACACGAACGAUACUCGGCGCAUAACCGCGAUCCAUUGCUCUCAAAUACCCCGACAAUGUCACCUCCAAACGCCCCUGGCGCUGGCGCUCCACCACCCUUCUCCUCGACCCCAGACCCCACUCCGGCGACUACAACGGCAAUAAGCAACCUGAUGCCUCCUCCCCCGCCUCUGCUCCUCAGCAAGCGCGUCACCGCUUUCCUCCACGCAAACCUCUCGCCAUACAUCCGAACGGCGGCGCUGACCACCCCCGCGGGGAAACUGCUCGCCCAUGCUAGUAACGGGCUGAGCGCUAGCGCGCUGAGGCGACAAUGCGCCGUGGCCGCUUCACUUUGGGGACUCCAUCACCCGUCAGGCUCUGGAUACGGUGGCGGCGACGCGCAUACGGCAGAGGACCACCAUGUGAUUGGGAGUCCAACAGGGAGCACAGCUAGUCAGAGCACAGUUGGGACAACGAGGGGGGGCGCAGCAGGAGGAGGCGGGCUAAGGGCGCGGCCAGUGCCUGGACAGGCGGUCACGGUGCAAAUGGACAACGGGCUGGUGUUUGUCAUCAGAAGGCUGAGGUGCGGUAUGUUGUUCAUAUGCAUGGGUGGUGAAGAGGGACACGGCAAUGGGAAACAGCCAGGGGAGACGGAAGCGAAUGGAGAGGGGCCACCGACACCACAUCUCGACCCUGGUCACCAACACCAUCUCCCCUUGCGCGCAGGGCCACAUCGGACACCUACAUCAUCGUCAGCGACGUCGGCGAGGUCGAAGAGGGAAGCCGAUCUUUCUGGGGAAAACACACCCCUUAGCACAUCCAACAACACGGCGCCGUCUGCGUCGACCAGUCAAGGCAGCAACACCAACGCCGCUAACAAUGCCACAUCAGCCGCCCGCGGUCCGUCAGCCUCGAGCGUCCGGGCAAUGAGGAGACAGGUGGAGGAAUUGGCGCGUUGGCUGGAUGAGCGACUAGGCACGCUCCAUGUUCCGGAGGAGGGCAUUGGUCUUGGGUUUGGAGGGUCUCCUUGAGUGGAGUUGCGGUAGAAACAGCACAAAUAACUUGAUGACGACUUGGCGAUGAGGCGCAAAAGCGAAUACCAUGGUUUGUAGUUACAUAAUAUCUUAAUAGAGAUGUCUUAAGAGGAGGAUGGGCAACCUAGCAAGACUGCUUGAAGAGAGGAGAGAGAGAAGGGUUCAAACAACAAUCCAAAAACGCACAAUGAUGUCUCGGGAUUUGUUGGCUUUCUUGAAGCGGCAUUGCAUCAUACCCAGCGGAUAGCCAAAUGCAAGACAUGUUUCGGUUUUGUACCAACUUGGUGACCUUUCGUGACAUUCUG